CAGUCUGCACUCUGCUCUGCAUUCGCAAGGCAUUGGAUUGGCCUGAACUACGAGAUAAAUGCGUAUUUAUUCGGUUGAUGAAAAUGUGAAUUUUCUUUGUUUAAUCCAUUUUAGACGUGAAAUCUUGUGUUUAUUUAUUUUAUUACAAAAUUAUUUGCUUUGGCCAUUAUAAUACAGUUUUAUUUUCCGACAAAACGUCUUAUUUGUGGUGAUAAACAAGUAGUGAAUUUUGAACAGGUACAGUUUUGCACUGUCUGUCUCUUGAUUCUUUGAACUUGAAUAAUAAGUUUGACAUAAAUUUUAUAGUGUUAUAAUCCUAAAUAAAUGUGGAAUGCCUUAUAAUCUCUUAUAUUGACGACAAUUCAAUUAGCAUACUAAAUCUGGUGAAAAACAGUCCACAAAUAUGUUGACACCUCUUCGAGUUGAUAACUUUCUCCUAGAGAUUCGCCAACAUAGUUCAGAAGCUGACGUUUCAAGGACGAAUUCAGUUUUUCUAAUGCAAAUCAACGUUUGAACAUUGAAAAUUCCAACUGCAUCUCCUGAUUCUAGUUUUAGGUAGCCAAGAUGCUAGUGAUGUCGGGAUUUGGUGUGGGGCUGAUGUUGCUGUGCCUGGCCAGGUCAGUGACGGCCAACAUAUUAGUCUACGAUGGAGAGACCACUCAGAUAGUGGCAGAGUUCCGAGACAUGCCGGCCAGGUUCGGAAUCAUGGUCACUUCUGAGGGAAUACAGGCAAUGCUGCAUUAUGCCGAAUCAGAGUAUGCAUGCGAACCCCUACCAAAACACCCUACCGCUCUGAUUAACCAAUCAAUCCAUUGGGCGGUCCUGAUAAAGAGGGGAAAUUGCACAUUCUAUCAGAAAGUGAAGAACGCCCAAGAUGCUAAUUAUCGUAUCGCAAUUGUGCAUAAUAAUGAUUCUGAUGAGUUAGAACCUAUGUCUGAAGAUAAGCAUGGUGCCCCCCUCCAAAUAACAGCAGUAUUUAUCGGCCUGCAUGCUGGACUCCAUUUGAAGGAGCGCUAUAUAUAUGGUCCCAAUAACACGUACUUUAUUGAAGUGAACAACGACUACCCGUUCAUCGUGGACAACCUGCUGCUGCCCUUCGCCAUUGUGGUCGGCCUCUGCUUUUUCCUCAUGCUCGGUUUCAUGGUUGGUGUGGUUGUGAAAUGCAUAAGAGAUAGAAGACGAGCGAGGCGCCAUAGACUGCCCAUUGUUGUGUUUGCGUGUUGCAGGUACUUUAUUGAAGUGAACAACGACUACCCGUUCAUCGUGGACAACCUGCUGCUGCCCUUCGCCAUUGUGGUCGGCCUCUGCUUUUUCCUCAUGCUCGGUUUCAUGGUUGUGAAAUGCAUAAGAGAUAGAAGACGAGCGAGGCGCCAUAGACUGCCCUAUGCGUCUCUGAAGCAAAUUCCGUCGUCCAAGUUCCAUAAGGGCGAUCCCUAUGAGACGUGUGCCAUUUGCUUGGAAGACUAUAUCGAGGGAGAUAGACUGAGAAUUCUGCCCUGUUCACAUGCAUAUCACUCCAAGUGCAUAGAUCCGUGGCUGACGCGGAAGCGACGCGUGUGUCCCGUCUGCAAGCGGAAGGUGUUCGCCGCAAACGAACCGCCUCCGUCACCGUCAGACUCGGACAGCGAUAGCGACAACGACACGACACCGCUUGUCAGUGGCGGCUCCAGGUCGCAGCCGUACCCGACAAACUGGGGCACUUUCACUACCUCACGACAGACCAACACAGCAUCGGCGCACUCGGUAAGCACGGGUGAUGGAGAUGACCGCUCUGCCAGUUCGGUGGAUUCGUUCGCCGAACUGAUGCAGUCGACUCGAGCGCUGCGCAUCCAACGCUGCCUCGAUCUUAGUCGCUUCGUCGAGGAGAACAGGGAGGCAUUGACGCGAGGAGGCGCUGGUGGAGCAGGGGGAGAGGAGGAGAGAGAGGACGAGCAGGGACGGAGAGUGGUUGUGAUUCGCCGGGUGGUGGUUGUGAAUGAUGCUGGGGUUGUGAAUGACCCUGGGUCUGUGUCGUUGCCCAUUAAUGCCGACGUCGAGGAUCACCAGGAGGUGCCAACUACUGCUAUUGCUGGACCAAGUCAUAGUGAAAACGGUGAUGAAGAACCAACCAAUACUGCUGCUAUUAAAAAAUUAUGGGAAUUUUGGAAGCGAUAACUGAUUGCUCCACUAUUGCCGACUUAAUAGAUGUUCACCAUCUCUGUAUUCUCUAGAUCUAUUCAAUCUCAAAACGCUCACAACUCAACUCAUUAUCAGCCUGGAACGAGAGAUUAUUAAAAAUUGACUUUGUGGACUCCUAAAGAAUUAUUUAGCUGUCAAGAAAAACAAUUGAACUGAAAACAAAUAUUUCAUAUUGUGAAAUUAUUUUGUCGCGUAGUUAACCAAUGUUUACCCAAGUGUGUGAUAUUGUAUAUAUAUAUUUGUGCAAUGGUGUAAUGCAGUAUGAACUAUAGUACCUUUAUAUAUAUUUUAGCCCUUGAAGGAAAGCUACUAUUAUUAAUAUUUUUUAUUUGAAAAACAAAAAAUAUCACGACGAACAUUCUAACAUUUACUGCACUAUGUUUUAUUUAGAAGAUAUAUUAUUGAAAUUAUAUAUGAUAUCUAGUUCUCAUUUUAGAAACAAGUGUGGAUGAUAUUCUUAACUGAUAUUAUGUUAAUAUGUAUUAAAUUAAGUUUUCACGUAUAA